UGAAAUAUUACUGUGCUAAAGAACUUUACGUAAUCUCAUUUUGGUUCAUUUGUACCCCGCAGGCCACAAGAGUUGUUGGACAGGGUUUUGUUAUCAGAAAACAACGUUCAUGUUGAUUUGAUGCAGUCUUCUGCAACCAGACGGUAGGAACAACUUCACGUGUGUGUACUUGUGUCUGUUCUGAAAAUAGCUACAUCAGCUUGUCACAAAAUGAGGAGAAGAUAUUACGCCCUGUUCCUAAUGUUUCUGUUGGCGGUGCCGUUGUUUCUGUUCAUCCCGUCGGAAACUGUUAUUAGCGGAUACCCCGUGCGCUGGAAAGCAUUGCUACCCUGGAACAGCUCCCUUCUCAAAGGACUAGAGAGUGAAGAUCACAACAGAACCACCAAUACAACCAUUGUAGUCAUUAAUACAUCCAUGGAAACGACAGAUAUGAUAGGAAGGAAGUUGACUAAUCUGGAGCAGAAGUUGAUGCGAAGAUACGUGCCGAAUGAGUCAGUUGCUCAGAAAAGGUUCCAGGCCGACCAGGAAGCCUUGCGGUCCAUACCAACGGAAGCACCCGGCUGGGUCUACAACCAAACCGCCGCGGAUAUGUUCCGGAAUAAAACAAUCAGCAGUCGAUUCGGAAACGGUAAUUUCAUGGUCACGCAAGAGAACACACCUGUGAACUCUACCCUCAAGACGUAUUUUAGAAAACCCAAGACGAUCAAAGUAGAUUCGAAAAACAUUUUUCGAUUUCUGAAGGAAAGUCCGUUUAAGAACAAACGCUUUAAAACCUGUAGUGUCGUGGGGAACGGCGGCAUACUUAAAGGAAGCGGCUGUGGGGAAGAAAUAGACGCGGCUGAGUUUGUGUUUAGGUGUAACACGGCUCCAAUGGACGAUAUAUACUGGAAGGACAUUGGAAAUAGAACCCAUCUUGUUACUAUGAAUCCCGGUAUGGUCUACUACAGGUACAAUAAUUUUGGAAAAUCUAAACAGCUAAAUAGGAUCAUAUUAGAACAUAGAUCGUCUAAGGCUUUCAAAGGGGCGAGAGACAAAUUCCUUCGGGACCUCUCUGCCUACGGGGACAGCUACCUGUUCAUAGAAGCCUUCCUGUAUGAGCUGAGCUCAAGGCGGGCCUUCUUAGCACAAAAAGUUCUAUGGGAAAGUCACGCCAAGAACACGGUCAUCUAUCCCCAUCCUGACUUCGUCAGAUCGACGCAUUCCUACUGGCAAACAUGUGGUGUGAAGGCUCCAAGGGCGUCUACUGGUACGUAG